AUGACCAGAGCUGAGAGAAUUCUGUGUGGUUUUAAAUUGAACUGGAUGAAUCUGCGAGACGCAGACAGUGGUAAAGUACUCUGGCAAAGCACUGAGGACCUGGCUGAGCCUAGUAAAGAACAUGAAGCACGUGUACCGAAAACCAUUCUAAAAUGUCGAACGGUUUCAAGAGAGCUAAACUUCACCUCAGCAGAGAAGAUCGAGAAGUUCCGACUGGAACAACGUGUCCUAUUGAAAGACAAUAUUAUUGAAGAAUGGUAUUUCGACUUCGGAUUUGUCAUACCUCAAUCCACGAACACAUGGCAAAAUCUGAUUGAAGCAGCUCCUGAAUCGCAAAUGUUACCUGCAUCACUGCUCAGUGGUAAUGUGGUCAUUGAGACAAAUUUCUACGACGACGACCUGCUGGUGAGCACCUCUCGGGUACGAGUCUACUAUAUUUAA